AUGGCGAACCCCGAUUCCAAUCCCAUAAAUCCAAAAACCACCACCGAAGGAACCUACACCAGCUAUUGCUACCUCCCAACCCACCCAAUCCACACUGCCAACCCCGACAAAGAAAUUUCCAGCUCACCCCACCAUCCCGAUCACUCCGAUCCCGAGCUAACAACCGGCUCCGAGGAAAAAGACGCAGCAUUUGAAGAAACCCUAGCGCGGAGAACUCGAACCAAUGGAACCCAAGUGACGACCGCGAGUUGGAGAGCUCUGGGGCCGCCGCCGGAUGGAGGAACGAAAGCCUGGGUGCAAGUCAUCCUCAGUCAUCUUGUCAUCAUGAACACAUGGGGUUUCAUAAACUCUUUCGGCGUCUUCCAAACCUACUACGUCACCACCCUCAACCGCCCCGCCUCCGAUAUCUCCUGGAUCGGCUCCAUGCAAAUCUUCCUCCUCUUUUUCGUCGGUACCUUUACCGGGCGUCUCACCGACGCUGGAUAUUUCCGCUCCGUAUUCCUCAUCGGCACCAUUAUCGGUCUCGUCGGAAUCUUCAUGACCUCCAUCUCCACGACCUAUUGGCAAGUAUUCCUGGCGCAAGGAAUCUGUAUGGGUCUCGGCAAUGGCUGCUUAUUUUGUCCUGCUCUUGCAACUCUCAGUACGUACUUUAGUACCAAGAAGAGCUUGGUCAUAGGGAUUGCGGCUGCGGGAAGCGCAACAGGUGGUGUGAUUUUCCCGAUUAUGGUGCAACAGUUAUUGCCCAAAAUUGGAUAUGGGUGGACGAUGAGAUCGCUGGGUCUUAUUCAAUUAGUGUGUCUUGGAAUUUGUAAUAUUGGGAUUAAGCAGAGAGUUCCCCCGAGGAAGAGUGGUGCUUUGAUAGACUAUGCAUCGUUCAAGGACGCUCCAUAUGUGUUAUUUGCAAUUGGAAUGUUUUUCAACUUUUGGGGCUUAUAUUUUGGUUUCUAUUACCUUGGAGCGUACGCAAGAUCAAUCAUCGGAUUGCCACUUGCAGAAUCGAUAAAUAUAAUAAUCAUACUGAAUGCCGUUGGGGUAGUAGGUCGCGUCCUACCAAAUCACCUGGCAGAUCGAGUAUUUGGACCCCUGAAUACACUCAUUCCAAUAGCAAUCAUAGACAGCGUUCUUUGCUUCUGCUGGAUUGCCGUAUCAUCAAGAGGUGGUUUGUAUGCAUGGGCGGUUAUGUAUGGAAUCUUUGCAGCGGGUAUCCAAGGACUAUUUCCGGCAACUUUGAGUAGUCUCACCACAGACCUAAGAAAAGCCGGCGUUAGAAUGGGAAUGGUAUUUACCGUUGUAAGUUUUGCUGUGUUGACGGGUCCUCCUAUCGGAGGAGUGCUAAUUCAAAAGAAAAAUGGGGGGUACGAGUACGCGCAAAUCUUUGCCGCUGCUGACUUGCUCAUUGGGACUGCUUUCUUGAUAAUGGCAAGGUUAGCUAAAUCCAAGAAGUUAUUUACUAAGAUGUGA